AAAAAAAAAAAAAAAAAAAGAUAGAGCAUUUCCACUCUUUGCAUUGCUGCUUUCCUCAUCUAUAAGCCCAUACGCUUGACCAUAUUCAGUACAACAUGAGUGAGAACCCUUACCUUUCUCUGAUUGCCAACCUCAACUCAGAGUCACCAGUCAUUUCCUCACCAGAGGACUAUUCGGCUGAACUCUCGCUCUGGACCAACGCAGAGUUCACAUUUGAUGUGCCUCCUGGUCUAGGUGUCUUUGAACAGGAUUCUGGAUUUGAGACACUUUCCUCUUUAAACCAUCCGUUGCUUCCGACAUCAACCGCUGCUGCUACACCUGCAGCAUCUACUUUGUCUACUCCUGUCACACCAACCAAGCCAGCACCUAAGGCAAUUGGGCAUAAUCCCGAUUCUGCUUUGGAUCAGCAGCAUUUGAUGGAGUACUUGAAUUUACCGCAUGAAGAAUCUUCACGGCCUUUGUCUCUCUUGGAGCGAACCCGCCAGCGCAACCCUGUUAAUACUGACAAGGUUCAGACCUUGCCUGAGCUUCAGGAGCAAGCCGCUGCGAUCAAUGCCUUUCACUCCUUGUUAGCCGCCUACUCUGCUCAGGCUCAGGCUCAAGCGCAACAGCAACAGCAGCUUCAGCAACCGCAAUCUGCGCAGUUGCAGCAGCAGGUCCAGCGUUCGUCUGGUCUGCCUUUGCUCCUGCCAAACAUUGCCCCUGCCACGGCGCCCACUACGCCCGCAGCUGCUAAGCUUUUGCGCCAGUCUAUGCCUCAGUACAAGGCAGCCUCGCCUUCGGCCAAGAAGCAGAAGACACAGAUCCCAGCCGCAAUUGCUCCCGCCGGUGCCUUAGUUACGCUUGCUCCAAAGAGCCCUACAACUCCUAACGCCACGACUAUCGCUGCUGCUGCUGCCACUGUUGCCUCUACUCCGUUCAAAGAGGAGAAGGAGAAGGAGACUAUUGAUAAAGCCGAGAAGACAACUACUGACCUUCCUUCCAAGGAUGAUCCUGAUUAUCUUCAGAAACUUGCUGCCGAAGAGGAUAAGAGACGUCGUAACACAGCUGCGUCUGCUCGCUUCCGUUUCAAGAAGAAGUUGAGAGAGCAAGCUCUUGAGCAGACUGCCAAAGAACAAACACUUCGUGCUGAGACAUUAGAGGCCCGUGUCAAAGAAUUAGAGAUGGAGGUCAAGUGGUUGCGCGGGUUGAUUGUAGAGAAGGACUCACGUCUUCAUGAAGUUUCUGCAAGCCUUGAUGAACAGACCAACAAGCGUGUGAAACUUGACACUUAUUAAAAUUCCAGCAUGGACAUUUGAAGCGAAUGAAGAGAGCCAUUUUGGAUGUAUUUUUUUGAUGUAUGAGUCCCUUGCCUGUUAUAAUAGCUUUUCUUUUUUCUUUUAUUUUUUGGUUUGCAUAUUAUCACUACAUUAUAUUAUCACUUCACUGCUUUGUUUGUUACCGUUGUGCCUUAUUUAUUUUUUUUUUGGUCAUUACGGAUGUAGAUUUAUUACCAUUCUAGUUAUCAUACUUCAUUUAAAAUGGCAGC